AUGUCAAACCCUGAUCAGAAAAUGUCUAAAAAAAAGAAACCUCUGAGCUCGCACCUCGACGGCAGCCCUGCUAAACUCACUUUCAGCGCAAAAGUAGCCGACAUCAUGCCCUAUAUGGGCGCUAGCAUCCUCCAGGACAAAUUCUUCUACGCUGUUUACACCAGGAACGUCCCGGAAAUCAAGCGUUGCUUGAGCAAGGGGGUAGACACUAAUGUGCUCAACAGAGACUUCGGAGUGGCUCCCAUUCACAUCCUAGCCGAAAGGAACGACUCCAUUUUGGGUUACUCGGUGCUGUUGAAUCGACAGGUGGACCUCGACGCCAAAACCGUCCACAGCUACUCCGCCUUGCACUUGACCUCUUACUUCAACUGCAAGAAGUUCGCGGCGUUGCUCCUCAACAACGGCGCUAAUCCCGACAUCCGGGACCGCUUCGGGCGGACUCCUUUGCACCUGGCGGUGGAGAGAGAGUACGACGGGAUGGUCCUCACGUUGCUGAAGAAGAAGGCCGCUGUUAACGUGAUGGACUACUACGAGAACACGCCGUUGUCUUAUAGCGUUCUCCGGGUGAGGAAUCUGCCGAUCACGAAGAUUCUAUUGGACAAUGGGGCCGAUAUGAAUUUCGAAGAGGAGCGGUCACUGCAUUUGUUUUUUGAACUUAUUUUGAGCUGUCACUGCUUGGACGACAUCGAUUUUGUGGUGGCGUUUCUGAAGAAUGGAUUUGAUAUUAACACACGUGAGGAGGCUUCGGGGAGGAACUGUCUGCAUUUUGCGGCAGUGACGGGAUACGUGGAGGUGGCUAUCGUUUUGGUUGAACACGGAGCUGACCCUUUUUCGAUGGACCACAUGAAUCGGACUGCGGUGGCGGCGGCCAAGCAACACGGACACUACAUUCUUGCAGAUUAUUUACGGAAGGGGUAUAGGCCGCCCCACGUCCUGAAGACGCUUCCGUUUCUCUAUUUAUGGUCGAAUAAAGUUAAGUCAAGGAUCGCCAAAAAGCAGGCCGAGGAGGAAUUAGAUGAAGAGCGUCAGAUAAAGUUCCGUUCAAAAUCAAAAAUAUCUUUCUAG